AUGAAAUUUGUAAUUGAUGAUAUUGAAGUCAUUUUCCCAUACAAAUUUUUAUAUAAGGAAUAAUUGGAAUAUAUGUAGGCACUAAAAUAAACUUUAGAUGAGAAAGGACAUGGAAUUUUAGAGAUGCCUACAGGUACAGGUAAAACAGUAUCAUUACUUGCAUUAAUUAUUGCAUAUUUAGCAUAAAGACCUAAUACUAUUAAAAAAUUAAUAUAUUGCACACGUACAGUAGUAGAAAUGGAAAAAACAUUAGAAGAAGUGAGAUUAGUUUUAAAAGCCAGGAAAGCAGAAGGUCUAAAUGAUAAUUUUACCGCUGUUGGAUUAAGUUCUAGAAAAAAUCUAUGCAUCAAUCAAGAUGUUGUUAAUUAAAAAGAUAGAGUAGAUUCUGAAUGCAGAAAAAGAACAGCAGAAUGGGUUAAAAGAGGAUAAAGUGAAACAUGUAUAUAUUUUGAAAAUUUUGAGAAAUAAUCAAAAGACAUUAUUGCUAAUCUCCCAAAUGAUGUUUAUAGUUUAAAUGAUUUAAGAAAGAAUGGAGCUUUCUCAAUUUAAUGUCCUUAUUUUACAGCAAGAGAAAUGGUAAAAAAAGCUAAUAUUGUUGUUUAUAAUUAUCUCUAUUUAAUUGAUCCAGCAGUAUCUUCAUUGUUAUCUAAAGAUUAAAUAAAAGAAAGUGUUGUUGUAUUUGAUGAAGCUCAUAAUAUUGAUGAUGUUUGUAUUGAAGCUUUUACUGUCAGAUUAAAUAAACCUAUUUUAGCAGAAGCUAUUAAUAAUCUUAAAAUUGUAGAAUCAUAAAUCUAAAAUGAAACUAAUGAAAUAUAAGAUAGACUUAAUGAGGAAUAUAAAAAAUUAAUUAAAAAUUUAGAAAAUAAACCAGAAGGUUAAUUGAAUUAAUUGGUCAUUCCUGGAUAAAUUAGAAAAGCUAGAAACUUUAUAGAUUUUAUGAAAAGAGUUAUUAAUUCAUUAAGAAAAAAAUUAAAAGAUAAUUCCGAAGCAUUAAAAACAUCACAUGCUAUUUUACAUCAUACAAAAAGUUUUACUGAAGAAAUUUAAAAAGAAGGAAAUCUAGAUAUUGAUUCUCUCAAGUAAUGUGGUGAAAGAUUAAGUCUAUUACUUAAUACUUUAUAGAUUGCAGAAACUGAUAAAUUUAGACCUCUAAGUUCUGUUGCGUAAUUCGUUAUGUUCUUAGUCUAAUAUUAAGAAGGAUUUAAAGUUAUAUUUUAAUCUAAUAAUUAUGAAGGAACUUUAAAUGAAAAACUAAUGACUCUAGCUUGUUUUGAUAGUUCAUUAGCUAUGAAAAAUAUCUUUACAUCAUUUUAAUCUGUCAUUUUAACAUCAGGUACUAUGUCACCAAUCGAAAUCUAUCCUAGAAUUCUAGAUUUCAAACCUGUUGUUGCUAAAUCUAUUGACAUUGAAUUAACUCGUAAUUCUAUUCAACCUAUUAUUGUUACUAUGUCAGAAGAUGGUACUGAAUUAACUUCAGAAUUUACUUUGAGAAACAAUGAAGAUGUAUCUCGAAAUUAUGGGAAUUUCUUGCUUGAAUUAUCUGAGAAUGUACCUGAUGGACUUAUAGUUUUUAUGCCUUCUUAUAGUAGAAUGGAAGAAUGGGCUCGACAAUGGUAGAAAGAUAAAUAUUUGGAAUAAAUAUCAAAAAAUAAAAUAUUGUUUAUAGAAUCUAAAGAUGUAAAUGAAACAUCAUAAAAAUUAUAAUAAUUUCGUUAAUGUUGUGAUGUUGGUAGAGGUGCUGCACUAUUUUCAAUUGCAAGAGGUAAAAUAGCAGAAGGUAUAGAUUUUGAAGGUCAUUAUGGAAGAUGUGUUGCUGUGAUUGGAUUUCCAGCUUUAAAUAGUAAAGACACAUUGAUAUUAGAGAGAUGUAAAUUUUUAGAAGAGAAAUUUAAAAUUACUAAAAAUGAUUUUAUAGAAUUUGAUGCUAUGAGAUAAACUUGUUAAUGUUUGGGUAGAGUUUUAAGAGGUAAAUAAGAUUAUGGUAUUAUGAUCAUGGCUGAUAAACGAUUUGCUUAAAAAAGUAAAUUAUAAAAAAUGCCAAGAUGGAUUUAUAAAUAAUUAGAUUAAUCAAGAUGUUUAAAUAUUACUAGCGAAACUGCUAUCACUGUAGUUAGAGAUUUCUUUAGAUAAAUGGCUUAACCUUUCAAAAUAGCUGAUAAUAGUUAUUUUACAUAAGACACAUUAUGA